AUGGGGAUCGGUCACAAAUUUUUCGGUUGGACAGACUGCGCUUCUUCCUUCCUCUUCUCGUGCACUUCACAAAAUUCAUCGUCCUCGCAAAAACCUUCGACAAACGACUCUGUGACUUUAGUAGAUCGUGGAUACCGUAACCAAACUCAAACUUACCGCGAUACCGCGGUCACUUAUAAACCAGCCGCUAAUCUUCAAAUUGACGACUCCAUCGAUGUUUUUUUCGACUUGGAGACUGGUCAAGGCGAAGCUCGCUAUGUUCGACAGACAAUUCGACAUUCGAGCAUUUUUAGAAAACCGUCCCAACUAACGACCGGAAGUGUGCUGGGGUCAUCAAGUCCUACCCCGCAGGGAAGGUCACUCAUUGCAUCCGAGCAACAAAAUAUAACCAAAAGCAUAACCUCCCUCAAGGCCAAGAUGACCCAGAGGUCACGCGAAGAUAGGAAAAAUAAAGAACUCCUCCACGCCAAGUUGACCUCAAGGAUGGAAUGGUUUCGCAACAAAGCUGAAUUGAACAACUUACUCCGAAAAUAUGCCAAAGAAUUUGGCUACGAUAGGAUUGAUGCCGUCAAAGCGAAGUCAUACGACUGGAAAAGGUUUAAAAUGUUUAAAAAUGUUUCCACUAUUUUGACCCAGGAUGGAAUGGGGUCAGAAUACGUGGGAAAUAAUGAGGUCAUUGCCAACAAGAUGAAGGAGGUCAAGGACGAGGUCAGCUUCCUCCUGGGGGCGGAUACGGCUCGAAUAACGGCAUCCCCAGAUGACGAAGUGGUCGCAUCUACGGCCGCGUUUAAUCGUGCCCUCGGCUCAAUUAUGAUUUCCGGUGGGGGCGGAAUGCGGGGGCGUGCCUUGGAUGAGACAGAUGAUAAGGUCACCUCCACAAUAGCAAAGAGCAUCCUCUUUAGCUCCACCGACACAUUUCAAUCGCCGGGUUGGAAACUUCAGCAUGUUGACUCUUCUCAAUUUAAGCCUAAUGUGACCCUUGGUUUGGAAAAGGAUGUAAUUUUCUACGGGAUGGGAUCCUGUCCUAACGUUAAUGUGACCUCAAAUGACCCCGUGACCUUUUACCUCACCCUCUUCCGAACAAACUGUCUCCCCGAGGCGAAACAAUACUUGGAACAUCUCAUUGAAGAAAAAUAUGUUCAAGUUGUUGUCCAACAGAAUCUCACCUUAUUUGCAUUUUCAAACGAUAGCGAAGGCAGUUUCGCCCUCCUCCAAGAAAAGAAGAGAUUGCGAAGUGAAGAGGUUCGCCGGUUGGGCGCAGCCUUAGAGUUGGUCGCGUUCAGCGAAACGUAUGUGAACCUGGCGAAAAAAGGGGAGGGGAAAUCUUGGGGAGGAAGAAAUGUAUCGCGAAGUGUGUCAACCAUUCGCCAAUUUUUCAUUAGAUACGUCACAUUAGCGAGGUCAAAGGGUGAUGAACAUUUCCUCAAGUUGGUCCGAAAUUUGGUCGUCACGUUGAAAGGGGUGAUGACGAAGCUGAUCCAAGACGAGGAAAUGUUCUUGGCACAAUGUGUCCCCACAAAGGACGCUUGUCGCACCGAGUUGAGUCUCAACUCUGCCGACCAAUUCGAAAUCCAUGCCAUUUCUCAAUUUCUCAUCAGAGGUUUGGCCCCCGUUGAGCGAAAUUUUGGAGGUGACGACGGUGUCGAAGUCGCAUUUCGAAAAUUUGUCGACCUCAAUAAAGCCGCGCUACGGGAAUCGGUAGCAUUUUAUCAAUAAGUGAAAUUUACGAAGUUUUCAUGUAGGUAUAAAAAAAUCACUCUCAAAAUAAAAUUAUGUAUCAAAAUACUUCAA